AGAAGAGGUAAGAAGGGCACGCUGCAGUGCGCAUGGGUGGUGCAACGAUCGAAGGAUCCCGUUUCAUGGAAUAGCGCAUUCACGGCACAACACAGUUGAGUUCGCCUCCUCUUCUUGAAAAUAGAAGAGAGUUUAUUGGCACCGCUGUCUGUUCUUUUAGACUAGAACUCUCAUACAUAUAUAUAUAUAUAUAUACUUUCCUGUCCUUUCAGCAUUUUUAUAGGCCCAAUGAAGGCCGCCACACCCACUGCUCGGGCACCGCGCCCGCCGUCCGCGCAGUGCAAACGAGCUCCCCGCGCUCCCCACGCCGCCGUCAGCACCGCCGUCUCCGAGACGAAGCUUCGGCGUCAUCUCUCGGAAGUCGAAAUGCGGCUGCGCGACAUCGACGACGAUACCAAGCGCAUCCAGAUGCAUCACGAGCAGGAGCUGGCCACGCUGGAGAAGGACAACACGCGCCUGCACGAUCGACUGGAGGAGCUGCGGAUGGAGGAGUGCAUGACGCCGGCGGAGACGCGGGCGAUGCAGGAGCACACGGACCUCUCCCACGGUGCGCUGGGCCACCACGGGGGGUCGAAACUGCUGGGUGCGACGUCGGCCAAGUACCUCUCGACGAAGGCGGAGGUGGAGGCGAAGUGGCGGGAGUGCGCCCACGCGGAGCAGCAGGUGGAGGAGGUCCGGCGGCAGCUGACGGUGCUGCGCCAGCGUCGGCAGGCGUUGAAGCGAGAGGUCCUCUCCACGCGGGCGUCGGCCGGUGCAAAGAUGUCCGCUGCCCAGCGCUUCAAGGUGCAGGCGCGGGAGCAGCUGCGGGGCCUCGAGGAGCAGGCCGCACGCGAGCAAGAGCGCUUCAGCAACAUGGUGUUUGAGGCGAAGCGGACGCGCAGCGCCAUCGACGCGCUGCUCGUGAAGCAAACGGGGAACGAGAAGAUGUAUAACAAGCGCUACGACGCCUUGCUGGACAAGCGGAAGGAGAUGGCCUACUUAAUGGAGGUGUACAACUGCCUGUGCGAGGAGCGGCAGCGGGUGAACGCGGAGGUGCAGGAGGUGAAGGCCUACCUCGCGGAGGAGAGCAGCCAGUACGAGGCCGCCUUUCAGGAGCUGUUAGGCGUGGCAGACGAAAAUGCUACCGUGAAGGCAGCAAACCAAGAAAAGAUGGAGAAGCUGCGCGGGCUGAUACGGCAGACGAAGGCGGAGCGCGAGGCACUGGAGGCUCAGAAUAAAGAGACAAAGGCCGCCUUCGAUCGCCAUCGGCAACGCCGCGUCGGUCGGCUCGUGAACAACAGCAGCAGCAGAGAGGAGGCGGGCCGGCCGAGCAGCGGCAGCGGGGAGCGGAACGCCGCCCACCGCCUGUCCGACAACGACAGCCCAGAGAACGACGAUGGCAACACGCAUGACCGCAGCGGUGCCGAGACAAGCCUGGGCAGCACCACCAUCACCGCCCUGGACGGGCGCGCUCAGCAGGUGCGAGAAUUCGAGGACUACUUCCAGCGGCUCGCCAGCAUUGUGCAGAGCGACGCCAUCGAAGAUGUGGUUGGCUUUAUCGAAGUCGCCGCGGAUGAGCGCUAUCACUGCUUUGACGAGAUGAACGCUUUGAAGCGCGACAUUGCGGAGUUGACGGCGGAGAAGGCCGCACUGAAGGCCCAGCUGACGCACGGUGGCACUAUACCGCGCGCUUCCGCGUCUGCGGCCAACCGGUCAAGAGAGGCGGGGGAGGCUGGUGUGGGUGCUGCUGCUGCUGUUGCUGCGGCCGAUGUCCACCCCCCGGCCUCCCCCACCGCCUCCCUCGCGGCUCUCGCGAAGGUCACCUCGAUUGAGGAGCUCGCCGCCGCUGCGGCUGAACCGGCGAGUGUGCAGGUGGGCCGCCGCAAGACGGAGCCCGGUGUAUCGCCGCUCCGCUCUUCUUCGGCAUCUUCCCCUCCUGCACCUGCGGGCAGCGUUACCCAGGACAGUGCCAGACGUGCGAAGCGGAUGCGUGAGCUGCAAGUCGAGCUAAACAAGACGCGUGACGCCGCCAUUGAAGAGGAGCAACAGCACGAAGAGUGCGAUGCGGUGCUGGCGCAGGUGAUCGCGCAGGUGAACGAGGUCUUCCGCGGACUUGGCUGCAGUGCGGCGGAGCUGCGGGCCGCGACGGGGCUCGAGGGGGUGCAGCCGAGCACGUUGCUGACGAGCCUCUCACUUGUGGAGCAGCGGACCGAGGCGUACCUUCUCGCGUACUCGCGAGGGCAGCACCUGCAGCAACAGCAGGAUGAACAGCACAGGCAGAAUGCGGAGAGCGAGGGCGCAGCCGCGUCUCCGGUAGGGGUGCACAACGCCGCGCGCCCGCUGUUGCGCCGCCCUGAUCUGCUGCCCAAGGCGAAAGGCGGGGCUGCGGUGCACGUCACCUCUCAGCAGCUGCCACGUCUCUACUGA